AUGAAAUCCUCUGCUGCAUUCCACCUCAGUUCUGAUACGUCAGCUACCACCCAGAACUCCGCCCCUGUUAGCAGGUUCCGCUGUCUAUUCUCCCAUGAUCUCAGGCGCAAGGCAAAACGAUGGCAAGAUGGCUUCCUGCGCUUCCAUUCCUUCAACAAACGCGUUAUGGUCUAUGAUACCCAGGGUAUCUUCGUUGGAGAUCUCCAUUGGUGCGAGGGCGAGGAAUUAAAUGAUGGUGAUGAGCUGGAGCUGGAACGCGGGGUCCUCGUGCAAGUCUGCGAGUGUGUUGAAAAGACCCAGACGGAUUUAACAGAGUUGCUGAGUAAGAAAACACAUGUUUCUACUUCCUCUACAGCAAGGGGCGCCGGUUCGAAUGGUAAUACGUCUCCAAACUCGUCGGGACGGCUAAAGUCGCUGAAUGAGGUGUUGGGAAUUCAAAGGACGCCAAUUGGGAGGGUUGCGCUACCCGCAAAGUCACCCUAUGAAGAACGCCAUCAGACCAUUCGUCUAAAUGAUGGUGCUGAGGCCACUGCUGAACGGGCUCCAAAGAGGCAGAGACAAGACGCCCGUGAGCGAGGAAAUGACGCUGAUAGAUCAUCAUGGCAGAACCCGCUUCGUGACUCAAGUUCAUACGCUUCUGCUUCAAAUUCAUUCGCCUGCUUUCAGCCAGCAAGGGAUCUAGCUUGUAACAAGUCCACUACCUCCAAAUCUAGUUCAAAGAGAACCCCAGGUACAACAAAAAGGGGCGAGAGGGGCGAGAAGACGAAAUCACAGACUGUCAUCGAUCUAACUAACUCGAGCGGAUCUUUCAAUACUCUACAGAUAGCCAUUGAGAAGCCUCGUAGGAAAUUGAUGUACAAGGACCUACUCCCGCCGCAAGCCGUCCAACGCUCAAAGGAGAGACAGGACAGCGAAAAAUCAAGAGGGGAUAAGCAGUCCCUAUUAGUACUUGAAGAUAGCGCUGCUGAAACCGUUGAAGCCGAAAAUAUCCCUUCCCCUGUCCAUACCGUCAAGCCAGCUGCUCUCCUGUCAACCGCAGAGGUAGAUAACACCUUACACUUUGUACCGUCAAGUUCAACUCUACACGCCCUAUUAGAAGCCGACCCCCCACCAUCGUCUCAAAGAACUAAAUACAUAAACCUAUUCCUCAAUCCAAGUGUCCAAAAGCCGCCAGUGGCUUCUACAACCAAUAACCAGAAGGAGUCUACUGCCAGCCAUGCACCACCUCCUGCGCCUCAAAGUGCACAAUGCACUACCAUCUCUCCUGUCACUUCUCCUACUACCGAAACCUUUCCCCCCAGCCCCCCCGAUAAUAGACCUCUAUCCACCCGUCGACUCUUGGUCCGGGACCACUCAGACAUCACCCCGUCACUAGCAAUAGCAAACAAUACAUCAGAUCCCACACCACCGGUGCCACGACCAAGAAUACAUCAAACGAUACAACGCUCCGACUCCCUCCCCACCAUAGCUGAAAGAAGCAAACCAGCAGCAGCAGCACCACCACCACCGCUAGACCCUGCCGCCCCUUCAAAAUCCUUCCAAAAGUCCCUCCCAGACACAUCGUCUGUGCUAGGGAGAACUACUUUGGCAACGGACCCAGCCCCACGCAUGCGACAGAGCCUCCUAGCACCCAAACGGAACCAGCAUGUUGCCACAUGUGUAGAUGUUGAUGAGAAGGGUCAGGGCCCGUGGACUGAGGAGGCGCUUGAUUUGUUUGACUGGUGGCCCGCUGGACGGCCGAAGCCGGAGGGCAGAAAGGUGGUAGGUGGUGGGAACUUGUAG